UGCCUGCCAAGUGGCCCACUCAUGCAAUCAAUUGGACACGUCUGACAAUAACUUCUAAAGUCAUUCUUUCAGUCCUCCGGGGGCAGCGCUGGCAUUGGGUCGUUUAGAUGUUUGCGUUUGGCACACGGGGACGCGUCAGUGCGGACCUGAGCGGUGCUUCAGGGGGACGUGGCUGACUGUGAGUUCCGCGGGGCUGAACUGUGUGCUGUAAAAUGUUGAUUGCCACACUACCUGUGAAGCUGCUGCUGGAGCGCCGCACGCCUGCCGACGUGCGCCAGCGCCAGUUACUGUCACUGCUGUAGGCUUUCUUCUCCUCGGCUCCUCUCGACGCGCACUGGACCGCCGACAAAGCGCAAGCUGCGCCGAAACUGUAGCCCACAACCUUGUGUUCACCAACAAGGAAAGAUGAAGGCUUGAUUCCGCAGAAUAUUUCAGCCACUUGGUGCCAAAGUCUGCUAAUUAGAGGCUGAACAUUUGUCCGUGCGCGCUGUGCGGUGGCUGCUUCCGGAGUUACACUCAGGACUUCACGGCACGUUCAGGUUGCCCGUGUGUGGACGUGUUAUCAUUUCAACUUCUUUACGUUCAUUUGUUUGGCACACAUGAUGCCGGGCUGGAAGCGCUGCCUGCCGUCCCCAGCUGUCGCACUGUGCCCACUGCUCGGCGGCCAACUUCAGGAGCCUGCUGCUGCGGAGGACGCAGAGCAGACAAACUGACCAACAAGGCACAAGGGGGUGAAAGCGUUUGUUUUUUGGAGCAGAUUGUUUUGGAGCUCGCUGAGAGAAGCAUUGUGAUGGUUUUUCACAGUGGACUCGGUGCUGGCUUUAAGCGUUUUUCCAGGCUUCAAAUAAUGAUGCAGAGCUGCGCGCAAGUUCCCUCUCCCCGGCUGCUGAAUUCUCCACAGCAAAACAAGUAGACGAGACACCAAAGGCUCUCUAAACUGUUUUCCACGCGCGCUGGGAUUUUUUGAAGCAUCAUAAAUGACUGGAUGAGGCGUGACAUUUCUACCAGAGAAGACGCUUUCUCAUAUUUUACUAACGAUGCCGUCAGGAGGAUUUCUUUCUUUGAAUUAAGUCAUUCCGGCUUCCAUAAGAUUUUGAGGUUUUUCCCCCGCUGAAGGCUCUGAGAAACAUGUUGCAUAUCCUUGCGCUUCACUCGGUGGUGUUACUUUUUGGAGUAGCCGACUGUCGAGUCUUGGAGGGAUUGCAGAGGUAUUCCUCCAUAUCCACAUACCUGCCCGUCAAUUACCAGCUGCUCAACACAGACCUGGCCUUCUUCCUGAAGGAAGCCAACCAGGAAUUCAUGAGGAACUCUAGCCUGAUGUCGCGGACUGAGCCCUUCUUCAUCUACCAGGCCAGAAGUUUGCCCUCAGUGAACGCUAGCUAUGGGCCUCUCUCUUUGGAGCAGCCUGUCCCUUUAGAGCUCCUACAGAGCCCGGGAACGUUUCCCACCUCCUCCGUUUUUACCUUCAACUGGAAGGUGCAGACAUUUAUUAUGAACACCAGGAUUAAUUUGGCCAAACCCAGAGUCCAGGUGUUGUUUUAUAUAGUGGGUAGAGACUGGGAUGAUUACAGUGCCAUCGACAAAUUGCCCUGCGUGCACAUGUUUGCUUUCCACGAGACCCAGGAGGUGCGUGGCACUUGCCAGCUGAAGGGGGAGCUGGGGCUGUGUGUGGCUGAGCUGGAGCCCCUGGCCAGCUGGUUCAGCCCACCCAGUGUAGUGCCAGGGCGCCAGAGGAACCUCGAAGUGUCUGAGGGUACGCCAGUGGAGCUCUACUACAUGCUGCAGUCCACAGAGGUAGGGGAGUGCCACUCAGAGGAGGCCAAGAAGGACAACUUCAUCCGCUCGAGCCAGGAGGGGCUGUUUGGUUCCUACACCUCCACACCCCUGAGGAGAAUUGGUGGGGUGAGGCUGCACCAGAACCCCGCUCCACCACCCCUUGCUGAACACAGGCUGGAUAAUAACUUCAUGGUCCUGGUGCCGUCCACACCCAUGAGACAGAGGGAAACCGUCUCAGCUUUUAUCACGGUGUCAGCCUACUCUCCUGUGGAAAUGUUUACUCUCAGGGUGAAGCUCAAAGAAGGGGUGACGUUUCUCGGGGCUCGUCCCAGCAACCCCACCCAGUGGAUCGUCAGCCAGGACGUGAGGACUGAAGGCCACCGCGUGGUGACUCUCCACUGCCGCAGGAAGGAGCCCGGCUACGACCAGCAAAGGUCUGAGAUGGGGGUUCAGAGGGUGCUCCAGGUGGAUCUGAAAAUGGAAAGCUUUCCAGAGCCGCUGGGCAGCCGCUGGAUGGCCUGGCAGGUGGAGUACCCGGCCAGUCGGGCCGCCACACAAGAGGCUGACACGGAGAUCCGUCUGGCGCAGGAGGACCUGGUGGGCAUCGUGCCGCUGGCCAUGGACUCUGAGAUUUUGAACACCGCCGUGCUGACGGGGAAGACGGUGGCUGUCCCAGUGAAGGUGGUGACCGUCGGAGUGGACGCCUCAGUUACUGAUGUCUCUGAGGCAGUCGAGUGUCGCUCCACAGAUGAAGAUGUGGUCAAGGUGUCAGACAGGUGUGACUAUGUUUUCGUGAAUGGCAAGGAGAUGAAGGGCAAGGUGAGGAUGAUGGUGAACUUCACCCACGGGUACCUGAGCGCUCAGCUGGAGCUCAGCGUGUGGAUCCCCCGACUGCCCCUCCAGAUUGAGGUGUCAGACACGGAGCUGAGCCAGAUCAAAGGGUGGAGGGUCCCCGUCAUGGCCGCCGGUCAGAGGUCCACACGAGACAGUGAGGACGAGGAUGAUGAAGACAGGCGAGGGCGAAGCUGCACCCUGCAGUACCAGCACGCCAUGGUCAGAGUCCUGACCCAUUUCGUAGCCGAGUCAGCUGAUCCCCGAGGCCAGACCAGCUUCAUGCUGGGCACUGACUGGCAGGUGGACAUCACCGAGCUGGUGUGGGACUUCCUGAAGGUGGAGGACGCUCAGAUUGCACAGCUGCUGGACAAGAGGGUACUGGUGGGACUGGACAUGGGGAUGACCACUAUCCAGGUGCUGUCUCCUUUAUCAGACUCCAUCCUGGCAGAGAAGACUAUCACAGUGGUGGAUGACAAAGUGACCAUCACGGAGUUGGGGGUUCAGCUGGUGACCGGCCUCUCUAUGAGCCUGCAGCUCAGUCCAGGAAGCAACAGAGCCAUCCUGGCUACCACGACCACACAGGAGGUUCUGCAGAGCCCCAAACAGGAGGCCGUGAUCAGCGCCUGGCUGCAGUUCAGCGACGGCUCUGUGGCUCCUCUAGACUUGUACAACCCCGACUUUUUCAUCCUGACAGCAACCUCUCUGGACGAGGAGGUAGUAACAGUGCAGCAGCACCCCUCUUGGAAGUGGCCUGUCAUUGUGACGGAGGCAGAGGGCCAAGGCCUGCUGGUCAGGGUGGAGAUGACUGUUUGUGAGGUCUGCCAGAAGUUCAAGCGCCGCAGCAUCCUGGCAGCAGGGAACUGUAACGUCAAGGUGAAGUUUGGUCAGAGUGACAGCUCAAGGGGAGGGAGCAGCGACUACGGCCCUGAUGGAGAUGAUAUGGAGAACAGAGGCAGAUUCUCCCCCUCCCAGGACAGGACCGGCCUUGACACCCACUACUACGGCAGCUCCAUCUCUGACAUGGAAGAUGGGGUGCUGAGGAGAGCCACCACCACUAGAAGUGCUAUAAUGCGCAGACCCAGCGGGGACAAACUCUCAGAUGAUGGUAGCCAAGACAUGCCGAUUGAUUUUGCUGACUUCCCUGCACAAGUGGACCUUCCUCGUGGCCGUAACAUGGAUGACGAUCUCAUUCAGACGGCUCGUGGGCUCACAGACCUGGAGAUCGGCAUGUACGCCCUGCUGGGGGUCUUCUGCCUCGCCAUCCUGGUCUUUCUCAUCAACUGCAUCUCCUACACCCUGAAAUACCGCCACAAGGAGCUCUCGAUUGAGGGCCAGGAGAACAUGAACCACGCCCACGAUUGGGUGUGGCUGGGGAACGAAGCAGAGCUGCUGGAGAGCCAAAUCAGCCUGUCACCUCAGCAGGAGGAGCAGACCUCCAUGAUGGACUCGAGCAGCGGACUCGAGGAAGGCAGCCACCUGUUGAACGGAGGCUCGGUCCAGAAGAACGUGCAGGGCCAAGUGCAUCGGGCUGCAGACACAGGCUGCACAGCCAAGGACAGCAAAGGAGACUCACCCACCACCAAGAGGAAGCGAGUCAAGUUCACCACGUUCACCACCAUCCCCUCGGACAAUAGCUACUCCACUGUUAACACACUGACUGGAAGCCACAGUCAGGACAUUAAGUGGGUGUGCCAAGACGUGGAGCUGGGAGACUCCAAGGAGUUGCGCACUUACAUGGAAAGGUUAAAUGACAGUGCUUUAAACGAGGUGGCAUAAUGUACUGUGUGCUCUGGUAACAAACUCACCCUUAUGCCUUUCAGAGGAAAGUGGCUCUGGAGAAAAACCAGGUCUCUCACAGGUGAGGCUGAAAGAAAUUUACUUCAGAAUCACCCCAAACUGCCAAACAGUCGGUACAUUUUAAGAGGAUCGUCUUGAUUUCCCAAGUGACUGGUGAUGAAUCACUAACAGUAAACGUGUCAGUGAGUGAGGACGUCAGGUGGUUCUUCUGUUCAUUUGUUUAUCAGAUGAUUACCUUUUUAUCUCGUUUUAUUACUACAGGGUUUAGUUAGACUGGAGGACUGAUUGGCAGCAACGCUGACCUGUGAUAUUAAGACAACAUGUAGAUUUUAAAAACAGUAACACGACUAGGUAGAUGUUCCGGAUGUGUGUGCACAUUAAAUGGUUUUGGAAGUUUUGUAACACUUUGGAUAUUAAUUUCCUACGCCAGAUCCUUAUUCUGUCGGAAGAGUCCUGGAAAGGCCAAAGCAAGCCGAGACAAAUUUCUGCAUGUUGCUGGGGAAAAAAAAAAAGAAAAAAAAAAAAGGGCACAACUUUCUGGUUCAUUCUCAUCCUCCUUAACACAGCAGAAGACCUGUCAUGUAUGUACUGAACAGUCUCCAAAGCAUUGUAUCGUUGCUCUGUAUAUUGUAUUUUCAUAACAUUUAAGAAAUACACAACAAUGUCAAGAG